AUGCCGCCUCCGACACCGUACCUCCAUAGCCCUCCCCUGCCCAAGACGAUGGUCGCGUACCGCUUCGAGCCCGGCUUGAAGGAGCCACAGCGGCGGACCCUCCCCGUUCCUGUUCCCGGCCCGGACGAGGUGCUCGUCAAGGUUCUCGCAGCGGGCGUCUGUCAAUCGGACGUGCACCUCCUCGAGGAGUCCGACACGAAACCCUUCGUCACAUACCCGUUCACCCUCGGACACGAAGGCUCGGGCAUCAUCGCCCGCCUCGGCGAUGAAGUCGCCUCCAACCCCGAGUUUGCGCAACGCCUCACGAUCGGAACCUACGUAGCCGUGCUCCUCACGAACGCGUGCGACACGAACAAGUGCGCCCGUUGCAAAAGCGGGUUCGCGAACGUCUGCUUUUCGCGCCACAUGUUGGGGAUCGGCGCAGACGGGAACUGGGCGGAGUACGUAUUGGCGCGGGCGUGCACCGUCGUCCCUGUUCCAGGAAACGACCCGAAACACCCGCGACUCCAUCCGGCAGCCGUGGCGACCUCAACGGACGCGGUGCUAACGCCUUGGCACGCGUUAAAAAGGGUUGCGCGUGUGCAGCCCGGGCAGACCGUGCUCAUCAUUGGAUGCGGGGGCCUCGGGAGCAAUGCGAUCCAGAUAGCCAAACACGCCCUCGGGGCCAGUGUGGUCAUCGCAUCGGACAUCCGGGAGGAUAGCUUGGUGCUCGCCCGAAAAGUCGGCGCAGACUACGCGGUUCCGCCUGCCGAGCUGAAGGUGCUGCGAGAUGAGAAGGGCCUGGUGAUCGACGUGGUAGUGGAUGUGGUCGGAAUACAGGCGAGUAUGGAUGGCGCUGUCGAAUUGGUGAAGACGGGAGGAACCGUGGUCCUCAUUGGGCAGGGGCAGGGAACGGUGACGAUCAGUCCGUUGGGGAUGGGUGUGAAGCAGGUUGCGGUCAUGGGAACCUUUGGGGGAGACUAUCAAGAUUUGGUGGAGUGCCUGUUCGCAAUCGAACAGGGCAAGGUGGUCCCGGAGGUCGAGGAGAGGGCUCUGGACGAUUGCGUUAAGGUGGUGAAGGAUUUAGCUGCUGGGAGAGUGCGAGGAAGAAUAGCCUUAAUCCCAUCAUAUUGA